UCUCUCCCUCGCUCUCUCCCCAGCUUUUGUUUCGCCAUGCCUAGUCUAGUGGUAUCUGGAAUAAUGGAAAGAAAUGGGGGCUUUGGAGAACUAGGAUGUUUCGGGGGAAGCGCUAAGGACCGAUUUCCUGGUUUUACCACUGGACUUACCACUACUCCCCCCACCGCCCCCAAAGGGGCCAGCGACGCCAAGCUCUGCGCUCUCUACAAAGAGGCCGAGCUGCGCCUGAAGGGCAGCAGCAACACCACCGAGUGUGUACCCGUGCCCACCUCCGAGCACGUGGCCGAGAUCGUGGGCAGGCAAGGCUGCAAGAUUAAGGCUCUGAGGGCCAAGACCAACACCUACAUCAAGACCCCGGUGCGGGGCGAGGAGCCAGUGUUCAUGGUGACUGGGCGGCGGGAGGACGUGGCCACAGCCCGAAGGGAAAUCAUCUCAGCGGCCGAGCACUUCUCCAUGAUCCGAGCAUCGCGCAACAAGUCGGGUGCUGCCUUCGGCGUGGCGCCUGCGCUGCCCGGCCAGGUGACCAUUCGCGUGCGGGUGCCCUACCGCGUGGUGGGGCUGGUGGUGGGCCCCAAGGGGGCCACCAUCAAGCGCAUCCAGCAGCAGACCAACACGUACAUUAUCACGCCGAGCCGAGACCGCGACCCGGUGUUCGAGAUUACGGGUGCCCCCGGCAACGUGGAGCGCGCCCGGGAGGAGAUCGAGACGCACAUCGCGGUGCGCACCGGCAAGAUCCUCGAGUACAACAAUGAAAAUGACUUCCUGGCAGGGAGCCCCGACGCCGCGCUGGACAGCCGCUAUUCCGAGGCCUGGCGAGUGCACCCGCCCGCUUGCAAGCCCCUCUCCACCUUCCGGCAGAACAGCCUGGGCUGCAUCGGCGAGUGCGCCGUGGACUCGGGCUUUGAGACCCCACGCCUGGGUGAGCAGGGCGGGGACUUUGGCUACAGCGGGUACCUGUUUCCCGGCUACAGUGUGGGCAAGCAGGAUGUGUACUAUGGGGUGGCGGAGACCAGUCCCCCGCUCUGGGCAGGCCAGGAGAAUGCCACGCCCUCCUCGGUGCUCUUCUCCUCUGCCUCCUCCUCCUCCUCCUCUUCUGCCAAGACGCGCGCUGGUCCCCCAGGAGUGCACCGCUCUCCUGCCACCUCGGAGCUGGCGGGACUCCCGAGACGCCCGCCUGGAGAGCCACUUCAGGGCUUCUCCAAACUUGGGGGGGGAGGCCUGCGGAGUCCCGGGGGCGGGCGGGAUUGCAUGGUGUGCUUUGAGAGCGAGGUGACUGCUGCCCUCGUGCCCUGUGGACACAACCUGUUCUGCAUGGAGUGUGCAGUACGCAUCUGUGAGAGGACGGACCCCGAGUGUCCUGUCUGCCACAUCACAGCUACGCAAGCCAUCAGAAUAUUCUCCUAAGCCCCCUCCCCUGCCCCCCGCCUCCGGGGGCCGCUUCCCAGGGGCCUGCCCCUGGAGCUGGUUUCCACCAGAGCCUUUUGGAAAUCAGCAAUUCGAGGGGCCAGGUGAUUAGAGAUCCUGGCUGGGGAGCGGGGAGGGGAGGGGAGGUGGCUGGAGGGUGGGCCACUUUGAGACCCUCUGGUCACCCUAUCCUUGCAAGGUUGGGAGGGGGCCAGGUUGGAAAUUUUACUAGAGUUACAACUCUGAUACCUCAACACACCCUUCAAUCUGAAAGCAGCUAAGAGAAACUUUUGUUUUGCCAGCGGUGGCAGCUAAGGCACCCUGACCCCCUUUGUCCACCUCCCCUGAGUGUGUCAUACUACCCCUUCCUCUAUGGAGGGGAGGGGAAGGGAGAGGGAGAAUUACCAUCUGUAUAUAGAGGUGCUCUCUCCCAUCCCCAAGUCCUCUGGUCCUGACCUCUGACCUCCUGGCAUGACCCUUUGGACCCUCCACUGCCAUAUCCUGUUCGGGAAUUUGUUCCUAGGUUUCUGAGAUGGGAGGGGGUCGGGGCCCUUUCAGAAGCCUGCGUGGACUGUAGGGGGUGGGGAAGCAUGCCAAUCAAUUAAGGGCUCAGACCUGUCUGUCUCCACAAAGUUGGGCUAGAAGAAUCUGGAUGAGGCCCCCGCUGCCCCCUCCAGCUUUCCCUCCUCUCUCCUCCCAUUCUUCCUCC